AUGAAUAAUCAAGAUCACAUUAAUCAACAAUAUCAAUCACAACAUCAAACACAAUCACAAGAGGAUGAAUUCUUUGAUAUAAUAAAUCAAAUUAAUUAUAAUAAUUUUGUAACAAAUAAUAAUCCGAUUACAUUAACUGAUAAUCAAACAUUUCAAACACAACAACAACAACCACAACAACCACAACAACCAUUGAAACAGUAUGACCUCAAUCAGAAUAGUUUAAAUGUACCCGAUAUUUACAAUCAAAAUCAUUUAUCUGUAAAUACCAACUCAAAUGAAUUUUUAUCAUCAAAUUCAAAUGACUUUUUAUCACCAAGUUCAUUUAAUGAUAAUCAUUUAUAUCGUACACCAUCCCAUCAAUCUUUAUAUUCUGAAAAUUCGUUUACUUCACAACCUAAUUCUCCGUUUUUAGAUCAACCACCAAAUCAACCAUAUUCAAAUUUUUCUGAUUUUGGCGGGUCUCAAAAUAAUUCAUCUACAAAUUUAUAUCAACAAGGUCAAAUUAAUCAACAACAACAACAUUUUGAAAAUUUUAAUAAUAAUUUUAAUUAUGUUAAUCCUAAUCCUCAUUUUGAAUUUGGUAUUACAGUAACUCCACCACCAGAUAACGAAAUAACUUUUCAAGGAAAUAAAAAUUUGGAUCUUGCUUCAACUACAGGUAUUAAUGCUAGUUCUAGUUCUCAUUUAUUAACUGAAAAUAAUUUGCAUUUAAACAAUAUGUCAAAUUAUAAUAAUUUUCAAAAUAAUGUGGAGAUUAAAGAUGAAUCAGGGAUAUCAAUAGCUAUAGAAAAAGCAGAGGAUGUAAUAACACCAUCAUUAUUUUCUCAUUCAAGUAAAAAUUCCAGUAUAAAUGAUAUAAAUGAAGCUACUACCACCAAUAACAAUAAUACCAAAAAAGAUUAUUUAUCACCUAAAGCUAAAACCAGAAGAAGUAGACUGAAAUCUGUUUCCUCGACCCAAUCAUCUCGAUCACGAUCAAGAAGUGGUGAAAGAAGUUCAAAUAAUACUAAUAAUUCUGAUCUAAGUUCGAGAGAGAAGAUGUUAGAAUUAGCAUCUCCAAAUCAAUCAUCCAAAAGAGUUCAAAAACACCCAUCGGUGUAUGCUUGUCAUUUAUGCGAUAAACGUUUUACAAGACCAUACAAUUUAAAAUCUCAUUUACGUACACAUACAGAUGAACGUCCAUUUAUAUGCUCAAGUUGUGGUAAAGCAUUUGCUAGGCAACAUGAUAGGAAACGACAUGAGGAUUUACACUCUGGGGAAAAGAAAUUUCAAUGUAAAGGGUAUCUUAAAGAUGGAACAGAAUAUGGUUGUGGAAGAAAAUUUGCAAGGGCUGAUGCAUUAAGAAGACAUUUUCAAACAGAAGCAGGUAAAGAAUGUAUUAGAUUAUUAAUUGAAGAAGAAGAAGAAGAGAAAAGAAAUGCUGGAAAUGGAGAAGCUAGGGGCGAGCCGAAUUCUGAAAAUCAUCAAUUUUUAAGUCCUACUGAUAUUCCAUCUGUAGCUAUAUCACCGCCUGAAUAA